AUGGGAAACGAGUUGUCCUACAAGCAGUAUGUGAAGGAGCAAAACAUGGCCGACACGGCCAUGGUCGAUCACGCGGCGUUGUGUGUGGGCCGGAUCUACCCGAAGCACAAGUCGAUGCGAAUGACGAAUCGGUUCGGCGAGCUACCCACCUACGAAUGGUCGUUUGAUGAACAGGCAAUCAUGGACGGAAUCUCUGAAGCCUUCUCCUCCAAGUACGGCGGAUCUUGGACAUGCCUGGCAGGUCCUAACGCUUCCUUCGGUAUCCACCCGCGCCCGCAAAACUUUAUUCGCUUCGACAUCGAUGAGACCGGCUUCGGAGACAUGAUGAACAGCCAGAAGUCGUUCUGCCGGAUCAUCAUUUUUCAAAAU